AUGAAGCGACAGUUACGUCCUGCACUGCGGCUGAAGUCCGGUGUCUGUGGACUACCGCAUCCACAGAAGCGCGCUACAGGUGGAGAAGACGCCUGGUUUAUUAGUGGCAACACCGUAGGCGUCGCAGACGGCGUCGGCGGCUGGGCACGCAAGGGCAUCGAUUCGGGCGAGUAUUCACGGGCUCUCAUGAAUUCGGCCAAACGGACGGUGACGACGGCCGACAAAACGCCUACUCCACUGCAAUUGCUGACUUUAGCGCAUCAAAGCGCACAGUGUCCUGGUAGCUCAACGGCAUGUAUCGUUCAGCUAGACGUCAUGUCUCUGCGGGCGAUAAAUUUGGGUGACUCGGGUUUUUUACUCUGUCGGUUGCAUCCGGACGAGAAAGUUGGAGGCGCAAUGAGGUGGCAGGUCGUGCACGAAACGUCUAACCAGUGUCAUUACUUUAAUUGCCCGUACCAGCUUGGCUUUGAGACGAAUGGCGAUGAGCCUGGGAUGGGCGAAGUCUACGAUCUUGAGGCGCAGGAAGGCGACGUAAUAGUGUUAGGGACUGACGGACUCUUGGACAACUUAUUUCCGAAGCAAAUUGCAAGUCUCUUGGACACGAUAUUGCCAUCCACGCCGGAGCUUGACCAGCAGUGCAUGGAGAAAGUAGCGUUGUUUAUCGCUCACACUGCGCAUACAGCUGCUAAAAGCGCUAAAACGAAGACGCCAUUUGCAAUAGCCGCGCACGAAGCAGGAUACAAGUAUCUUGGUGGCAAGAUGGACGACAUCACUGUCAUCACGAGUCUAGUGAUGCCAGAUUAA